ACCACACAGCCGCAAGCCCAAGCAUGACGCUGGUCGAGCGCUGGGAAGGGCCGGGCAACGCGAUGGUCAAGGGCCUGCACGCGGCUUUGGUGAAGCAAGAGGAGCAUGUGCUCUCAACAAACAGCAACACGAACCGCAGUGGAAGUAGCCUCGUGCCCAAGCCGCAGCUGCUCCGCGCGGUCGAGCUCGAGGAGCUUCUCGUCAAGAAGGUCAACGCGUGGAUUGGCGAGAAGAAGACGCACGACUUUAGUGCCAACCCCGUGCACAUGCACCAGUACACUACGGUCGGCGGUCGGCUCAUCGCGGCCAUUGAAGCCACGCCCGACGAGUCGGCCAAGGCGUUUUGGACCAAAGACGCGGGCAGCCCGAUGGCGGCCAAGGCGCUCUUUGAGCACUUCUUCGACGCCUCGUGGUUUACGAUCCCGCAGGCCGCGCCGGACGGCAAGGCGUCCGUGCCGUCGUCGCCGAUCGGCGAGAAGAAGAAGCACAAGAAGGAAAAAAAGCACAAAAAAGACAAAAAGGCCAAGAAAGCCAAGAAGCACGACGACGGCCACUUCCACCCGUACAACCCGAUCGGCCACGUGACGCAGAUGCUCCACCAAAUGGACAACGCAUAGCGACUCGUCGUUAUGGUCAUAGGACACCCAAAGCACACGUCCUCCCCUGCACUUGUCUCGCUGGCAAAACGUUGUAUAUAUAUAUACGUACACCAGCGUCGCAUUACGUCGGCUG